GUCAAAGGUCCGUAAAAUAUUCAGCAGUUAAUAAUAGUUGUCAUAAUGAAACAGGAAACCAUGAUCAUGUUUGUCAGUAUUUGCAUAAUAAAAGAGAAAGCAGAUUUCGCAAUAUUAUUUUCCCAGAAUAGAUUGCUUUUACAAGGAAUACGACCUUGCCUUGUUUUCUCGUUACGUACAUUUAACGUUGUGUUGGCGUCAUUUAUCAAACUCAAAAUCAUUCUCAGUGUAUUUAAAACGCGACAAAAUGAGCGGUGAAGAUUUAUUAACAAAAUUCGAUGACUUGGUGAAGAGAUUUAGGAACGAAUUCAACGAUAUUAUUGAAGGGGAGCGAGCCAAAAUGAAGGCGGAACUAGACGCUUACAACGCAGAGAAGCAAAGAAUGAAAGCCGUCGAAGUCAGCGACAACGAUAUAAUAGAACUCAACGUUGGUGGUCACAAAUUGACCACAAAAAGAUCUACUCUUUGUCAAGUAGAAGGUUCGCUGCUCGCCUCAAUGUUCAGUGGACGUUGGGAGGACAGUCUCGAGCGCGAUAAAGAUGGCGCCAUAUUUUUCGAUUUCAAUCCCCAGUAUUUUCUUGUUAUAUUGGAAUACCUGCGCGCGAAGAAAAUUGCAACACCAGAGCAUCCCGCGCCAUUGCCAAAAGUCGCCGAAGACCAAGCAGAAAGUUUUAAUAAUCUUCUGGGAUACCUCGGUUUAAGCGAUGAAAUCGUCCCCGUUAACAAAGUGCCUGGCGAGAACUUCAAUCAACACAGCAGCAAUGUAGUCACUCUUCAGGAAGGCGGGACAGUUGCAGUUCAUGGUCCAAAUUAUGAUCAUAGUUAUGUUCUGGGAGAAAAUGUGUACCAACAAGGCAUUGCUCGUCUUAAGAUGAAGUUGGAGUCGUUUCAAAAUAAUUAUUGGAUGUUGGUUGGCAUCGUUAAAGCGGAUGUUGUACCACAGAAUAACGAUUCAAAUUUAUGGCCUGGUUCAUAUGGAUGGACACUCGGGAAUUGUGGUGGAGUAUACAAAGACGGGUCACGUUCGGAUUAUAAUGCUUUAAAUAAUGUCACUAAACAAGGUGACACGGUUGAGUUAGUCUUGGAUUGCGAUGCUGCCAAGCUGUCACUACAUUUGCCCACUGGUCAACAAUUUCACAUCGAAAUACCCAAGUCACAAACCUGGAGACUUCAUGUAAAUUUGUUUGGUGCAAAUGACAGACUACGUAUCAUGAACGAAUAAUCAAAUUAAAGACUUUGGGCGCUUUCCAUAUUAGAGAGAUUCAGAUUUGACUUCCACUACCGCCACCAUUAAUGGACUAUUAACCAAUCAGAUGCGUUUGAUAUAUCAGAUUAACCAAUCAGAUGUGUUUGAUAUAUCAGAUUAACCAAUCAGAUGCGUUUGAUAUAUCAGAUUAACCAAUCAGAUGCGUUUGAUAUAUCAGAUUAACCAAUCAGAUGCGUUUGAUAUAUCAGAUUAACCAAUCAGAUGCGUUUGAUAUAUCUGAUUAACCAAUCAGAUGCGUAGUAAGCCAGUGAGAGGCAGUAAUAGUGAAAGUCAAAUCUGAAUCUCUCUAAUAACACUGUCAGACUGGUUAGAUCCAUCAAAUUGUUAAAUGAAAUACAAAACUUUCGCUUCUGAGAUUGGUCUGACGGAAAAAUUUAGAUCAAAUCAACAUGAGGUCCAUUUUGACAAGACGUCCGAAAACUUGGCCCAGAUCUUGCUUGAAAUUAUAACCCGUUAUAGUAUGCAAGACUUUCCCCUUGACGAGUAAAUUCAUCUGGCGUUAGACAGAGUAAAAUACUAAAGUACGGCGCAUUUUGGCGCAUUGCAACUUAAUAGGUUAUAAGAGAGAGAAAUUCUGCCCAGCAUGGCUGGUCUGACCAUUUCAAAUGGAAAGCGUGCUUUGUGUCUUUUUUGUAAAUAUAUCCAGUGCUUGCAAUAUGAUUAUGAACUUUAGCUAAAUUGAGGACUUUAUGUAAAUUUGUAUGCGGCAUAUAACAAAGUAUGCAUUAUCAAAGUUGAGUUACAGAGUUAUAGUGGCAUGCAGUCAUUGUUUGUUUUAUUAGGUUAACUAGUGCAUGUAGUGAUUUAGAAUCAAGUAAUAACAAAUAUAUGGACAAAAUAUUUAGAUUUAUAUACCAGUAAAAUAUCGUGUUAGUUUUCAUAGGUAGUAAAGUAUUUCAUAU